GGAGGGCGGGAGGGAGGGCGGCUUCGUUGUCGACGUCCACAACGACAUGCGGUUCCUGACCCUCGAGGCAGUCUCCCAGGCCUCGUUCUCGCUCCCUUUGGGUCUGCUUGGGAGAGACCGGGGAGAGAGUCUGGAGUACAGCCCUGUCGCUCACAUGUCGACGCCUUCUUCCUCCUACCCCUCCCUCAGCACCAAGGGGCUCUCUUUCACCGGUCGGCGGGUGGACAGGCUCGUGCGGGACAAUUUCCGUCUACUGGGCGAGAGUAUCCGCUUUCCUUUGCCGGGGGCGCAUCGGAUCGGCUGGAAUAAGCCGUACAACCGGCUGCAGAAGGUCAAUGCCGAGCUCCUGGGAAUCGAGAACGCGAUCAUUGAGGGCCGCCGCCUCGAGAGGGAACGUAUCAGGUCCGAGGGCGGGGCGCUCACGGCGUCCCGCGAUCUGUUGGACGUGUACCUGGAGGCCAUCGAAAACGAGGAUUUACCCCUCUCGAACGAAUCCAUCUUCCGCAAUUUGAACGACAUUUUCAUGGCGGGCUCCGACACCACCGCCACCACCAUCAGCGCCUCUCUCUACGAGAUUGUUCGACGUCCCGACGUCAAGGCGAGGGUCUUGGCCGAGCUUGAGAGCUUGGACCUGAGCGAUCCACAGGCCAUGAGCCCGUCGCAGCUGGCACAAAGGCUGCCCUUCUUGGACAUGUGCAUCAAAGAGACCCUCCGCCUCUUCCCCGUGGCUGUCAAUCUGUCCCGUGUCGCCGCGCGGGACACCGUCCUGGGCGGUUUUCACAUCCCCAAGGGCGCCACCGUCGCGCCCUGUAUCCGACUCCUCCACUUGGACACUGCCACCUGGGGGCCUGACGCCGCCGAAUUCCGUCCGGAGCGGUGGGCGAGUGAGAAUUUGGAAGGCGGUCUGCCCAAAGGUGUCCCUCAGGGCGCUUACCUACCCUUUGGCGCUGGUCCCCGCGUAUGCUUAGGCCUUCGAUUUGCCUUGCUGGAAGCCAUGACGGUCAGCGUCACCCUCCUUAAAAAACUGGAUCUGGAGGUUGUAGACCCUAAUCGCGAUUUGGACGUGUAUUACCCCGCAGCCAUGUCCUUUCGCGACGGGGUGCAGUUGCGGAUUGGAGGCCUUCGAUGAUCGACGAGAGGAAAAGUACCGGCCCAUACAGAGCCAAGCAUUUGUUGUAUUUGCUUGCAUAUCAUAUAAGAGGGAGUGGAUCAUUGGAGUUGCAGGCCUCAUUUUUGGACGUGAAAGAGUUUGAUAAUGUUGAAAAUAUUUUCCCGAUUGUUGGUCAAUAUACGCAGUUGAAUUAAGCAGUUGAUAAGCUGAGGGACCCCGGUAAUCAUGAAGGAAGAUUGCAGAUCAGUUGUUUAGAUGCUUUCUAAACAGAAAAUGUAAAAAGAAUAUGCUUCACAUGGUUG